AUGUCCUCCAAACACGAGCCGGAACCGGACGUUCUUCCCGUCCUCGCUGAACAUGUGGAGUCCAGUCACCCACCACCCUCUUACGAGGAAGUGUUCGGCCAGUAUGUGACGUCAGUCCAGCACAGCCAACCAGAGCCGCCCUCGUUGGCCUACAUCGACAUUUUGCCGCGCCUCCUGUCUCCCGGGAACAUACAGGGGAAAAUGCCGCCAGUGUUUCAGAAGUUUAGUGUCAUAGAAUGGAUCGUGAAUGAAACAAACGCUUAUGCCAAGCACUGCCUUGAUUCCUGUCAGGGCACAUACUACAAAGAGCGAUGGAGGGACACAGAUGCUUUUGAAAUCAGAGCAUUCCUUGGCCUUCAAAUAGCUAUGGGUGCAAGUCCGAAGAAAAGCCUCGAAAACCACUGGGACAGCUAUUGGCUGUUCGAGACAAAAUUCAGCGAAGUGAUGACCCGUCAUCGAUACCAGAUGCUCCAGGCGUUCAUUCACUUCAGCGAUGUGAACCGCCACAUUCCCAGGGGGCAGGAUGGCUACAGGCCCUUGGGAAAAAUUCAGCCGCUGCUGGACAUUAUCACCCCCAAACUCUCAGCCCUAUACCACCCCUACCGCCACAUCAGUAUCCAUGAGAGUAUGGCCCGUUUCAAGGGCAGGUGCCACUUCAGGCAGUAUCUACCUGACAAGCCGACCAAGAGAGGCUUCAAAGUCUUGGUUUGUGAUGCGAAGACUUUCUAUGCCUUGAAGCUCAUAAUUUAUACAGGGAAGGAGCACUUCAUUAUCCCCGAUGGACAAAGCUUCACGGAACACUUUGUAACAACCUUGGUUGAAAAUUAUCAAGACAAAGGCGAUCUAGUUGCUGUGUCAUGGCACGACACAAAACGUGUCAACCUUCUCAGCAACAUUCAUACCAAUGAAACUGUACGGAAGUUCAUCAGAAGCAAGGAUGCGUCAGGUGGACACAGAGCGGUGGAUAACAUGUCGUGUACAAUGCACACAUGGGGGGGUGUUGAUCAUUUUGAUCAGCUGUUGAAGAAUUAUCAGUACCCCCACAGAAAUUACAAGUGGUACUACGCUCUGUUCCACUAUUUGAAAGAUCUCGCACUUGAGAAUAGUCGCAUACCGAUGGAGCAGAAUGGUGCGAACAAAACAGGAAGGGACUUUCGCAAAGCUGUUGCUGAUGGGCUCGUUCGUCCCUACAUGCUCGCCAAAAGGAACCCGAAAGACCAGCCCAAUAAUGCUGCAGAUCGCCUCUGUGCAGCAGCUUUUGGGCACUUCCCUUCAAAGUUUACAGAUGCCAAGCACCGUCCAGUGUGCAAGGUCCGCGCCACCGUAAAAAAAACAUGCCCAGACCCGACACUACAGCCCAGAGCGUAA